GAGGAGGAGGAGGAAGAAGAAGAAGAAGGGUCAGUGAGAGAACCUCAUGACUCAACCUUUAAUCCUGGUGACUCUACAAUAUCUGAGGAAUCUGAAAUUUCGUUUGUGCAGAGGACAAUCUAUGGUGAUAACAAGUUCAUUGUGUUUGAAACCUGUCUGCGUGAGCUGUUUGCCACAUGCCCGAUUUGUAAAAACAAGUGUGACGUGAGUUUACGCCGGAUGGGUACAUAUGUGGCAUUCCACCAGCUUUGCCCCAAGUGUAGUUACCAAAGGCAAUGGGAGAGCCAGCCCACUGUUGGUAGCAUGCCGGUCGGAAACCUUCAGUUGUCUGCAGCCACUUAUUUUACCGGAGGAUCAUUCAUCCAAGUACAAAAGAUUUGCAAGGGGAUGCAAUUACAAAUUUUUACGUACGAAACCUUCCGGAGACAUUGCAGGAGCUUCCUGGAGCCUGCCAUAAUCCACAAAUGGAAAAGUGAACAACAAAACCUUUUCCAGAAGUUUAGACAGAGUGGAAAGAUUGGCCUCGCCGGAGAUAUGCGUGCAGACUCACCCGGACAUUCAGCGAAAUAUGGUAGUUACACGUUGAUGCACACCGAGAGCAACACCAUUUUGGACACACAACUUGUUCAGAGCAAUGAAGUCGGCGGGAGUUACCAUAUGGAGAAAGAAGGUCUAAAGAGAUGUCUUGAUCAUCUGGAGUCCAGUGGCUUAACAGUCGACUACAUUGUGACUGACCGUCACCCUCAGAUACAAAAAUAUUUGAGAGAACGCAACAUAAUACAGUUUUACGAUUUGUGGCAUUUUGAAAAAGGUCUGUCAAAGAAGCUUGAGCAACUUUCCAAAAACAAAGAGUGUGAAGUUCUGAAGAAGUGGCUUCGUAGCAUAAGGAACCAUGUAUACUGGAGUGCCAUAACUUCUACAACAGGACCAGAGAAAUUGGCUAAGUGGACAUCAAUUCUGAAUCACAUUCAGAAUGUGCAUGUACACAAGAACCCCAUCUUCCCAAAGUGUGCCCAUCCAGACCGUGUGUCCAAGAAUCCAAAGAAAUGGUUUAAUCCAGCAUCGCUGGCACUCCACAAAGUAGAGAAGAUUCUCUGCAACAAGAGGGUCCUUAAAGAUGUGGAAAAGUUAAGUCACCACUUUCAGACAUCAUCGCUGGAGGCUUUCCACAGCUUAAUUUUGAGGUUUACACCCAAAAAUGUAGUAUUCCCUUACAUGGGAAUGUUGUGCAGAUUGUAUCUUGCAGUUCUACACCAUAAUGAGAACACUGGUCGAGAACAAGCAACAACUGCAACAGGGAAACCAGUCUACAAAGUGGUGUUUCCAAAGUCUAAAAAGGGAGAACCCAUUGCAAGGCCAUUAAAAACAGAGGCUACAAACAAUUAUGUGGAUGACCUAAUGAGGCUCGUCUUUGAGGAGGUUAUCGUCGACCCAGCACCUUUUGUUGAGGAGCUACAGGCAAUUCCUGUUCCUAUGCCAAUUUCUGCCGAGUUCGAGAGACCCUCAAAAGAGGAAACAAUUGCCCGCCAUUUCUCCCGGUUCAGUCGAGAGGUGGCCGAAAGCCGACGUAGUCACCAGCCAGAUCUGGAAACUCCUGGCGUAUCCGGGAUACAACACAGGAAGGAAUGACCACACGGACAUGUCGACCUAAGAAGCCCCAGCACCAGCUAACAAAGCUCCGAUAUGCCAAAUGACGGAAUUGCCUAUAUUACAAAGAUAAAACAUUCUUAGUAUAUGGCAAGAAUUCGAAAUUUCUAUUUGUACAUAAAAAUAUAUCUGUUUACAUAUAAAGUUUAUUUUAUUACAAGU